UAGUCAAAUUUCAGCGUUUGUCUAUAAUAGACGUACGGGACUCGUUUGGCCAGUUAGCCAAUUCAUUUUUCGGUUUCACAUAUAAUCUUCUCGUUCGGGAAUCCGCAACUCUUUGCACAUACCUAAACUACUAACAUGGCGUUCAACAAAGAUGAAAUGCACGCGCCAAAGUGGAUGGACAGUGCCUUUUUCGAAAAAGUACUCAAACAUUCGGAAAACGAUGCAGGUCUGUUGGUGAGGGAGAGUAAGAUAGUUCCGGGUACCAAACCGGGAGAUCAUUUUGCCAGCAUCAUAUUUCGCGCAGCUGUCAGCUUCAAAAGUCGCGGAAAGGACCAGCAUAUUUCGCUGAUCAUCAAAACGAUUCCCGAACAGGAGGGUAUGAAGCGUGACAUUCUGAAGGAUGGGGAUAUUUUCGAAACCGAAACUAUCAUGUACCAAUCUGUGAUACCGGAAAUGGAACGGCUGCUCCAAUCGGCAGGAGAUGGGACAGAGUUUGGACCAAGGCUUCUCUACUCGUCUAAGGAUCCCACGUGGGUGAUGGUUUUUGAGGAUCUUACCAAACGCGAUUACCAGAUGCAAUACAGCCAGCUGAACCUAGAUGAGGCAAAAAUAGUGUACGCUAAGCUGGCCCGUUGGCAUGCCGCCUCCCUGUACCUUUCCAAUACGGUGCCAAUCAUCUCGAAGUUGGACAAGGGUCUUGGAAAUUUGAUGAAUAGCGAAUUUAGUGAAGUUUGGAUUGGACACAUUGCUACACUGGCUAAGCUGUGUCGCGGAUGGCCCGGUUACGAAACCUUCGGCGAACGUUUAGACAAUAUGAAGGGUACAAUUUUGAACAAACUGCAGGAUAUUUACAAAUUGAAGGAUUCAAAUCUGAUAAACGUGCUAAAUCAUGGUGAUCUACAUUCCAAGAAUAUGAUGUUCAAAAUUGACGAUGGAGUCACAAAAGAUAUUCUGCUGCUUGACUAUCAGAUCAGUUGCUGGGGUAGUCCUGCAAUCGACAUCAUAUAUUCACUGUACAACACAUGCUCCGUCGAGACGAGAGAUAAUCAUCGGGACGAGCUUAUCAAAUUCUACCAUGAUGAGUUCACCGCGGCUUUGGGCAAGUUUGGCUAUCUCAAAAAAAUUCCAACACUGGUCGACUUACACGUGGAAGUGUUGAAAUGUGGUUACUUGGAAACGUUCCUGUCGUGCACUUUCCUGCCCUUCAUGAUUUUGCCUUUCGAUGAGCUGAUGCCGAAGAACGAAACCAACCCAGAAGAAGGUGUUGAACUUGACUUUGCUGAUAAGGAGAAAAUGCAAGAGAUGAUGGAACGAGUGUUCCAGCAUCCAAAGUAUGUCGCCAUCAUCCAGAGAUAUUUGCCUACGCUGCUACACAAAGGACUGUUGGAGGCAUAAAAAAUUGGAUAUUAUCAACAAUUUAGUAAUUUGUCUAGAAUGAAACUAAUCGCAAUUCAAAAGUAUCAUGAUAAUAUUCGUUCUCGAGCGUUUAUACCUAAUACAUCAAAUGACAUAAGUCUUAUGAGCUUCAUAUUGAAACCAGCCAUCCACUUAUAGCUUUGGGACCUUGACAUGUUAAUCAGUAUUUUUUAGAUUAAGGUUUCGAACUGUAAGUAAGUGCUGAUAUUUUAUCAGUUUUUUUUUUGUACACUUGCACUCUAAUAUCUUGCUAUAAAAUUAAAACCAAAAAACUGUUAACUACUGGUAAUGGUAAUUAUCAUGAUAUUUUUUAAAUAAUGAGAAUGUGUUCACUUUACAUCUGAUGCUUUUUCCUCAACAAUAAAUCACCAUCCUGAAUUCCACAAUUUACAUUUCGCAACUGAGCAGUUCCACGUCAACUGACGAAUUGGUUUUAUUUUUCCCUUUCCUA